CUUUCCCUAUUAGAUUGUGGGAAAUAGUGCUUCAGCGAGUGUACAUCGGUUGUACACUUUUUAUAAGUCUAUGGUCGUACACUCGAAAUCAGAAUGCAUUGUGGGUAAAAAAGAAGUGGAAGGAUGUAGGGAAUGAAGUCGUUCACUCAGAAUCCGGACAGCACUACAAAAUGGCUGACACCCGAUAGUGCACUAUCUAGUGGAUAGGGAGCGGACACAGCUAUAAUAAAUACUCGUACCGGUAUUUAUGUCUAUGGUACAACCGAUGUACAAAUGUAGAAGCAUAAAAAGUAUAAAAUAAUGUUAUUGUUAGCAAAGACUUAAAGGUUGUUCUGUUUUAACAUGUCAGCGAAACGAGAUGCCGUUCAUCUAGUGUCAUGCCUGCCUCCGAAAUUAGUCUGAAAAUGAUCAAGUACAGAUUUGUAAUAAAAGUAAAACAUGAAACGCGCUUGAACGGAUCCCUCGCCUCCGCUCCAAACACAAGAGGCGCUGUGAGCGCAGUCCCUCGUGUUUCAGACGCAGUUAAAGAUGUCCGAAGAGCCGAAAACAACCUGCAAGUUUCUUUUUAAGAAAUCUAACAAGAAAUUUUCCACGCGGAAAAGAAAUGCGAGUGAUAGCGAUAAAGACAGGAGUAGCGGCGAGGAGGGCAGUGCUGUGGUCAGGAAGAAGAAAGCUGCUGUCACGAAUCCCAUGAUUCAGAGAACGCAGAAAGUGGAGAGGGAGGAAGUGUCUUCGAGCGACAGUGAAGAGGAGAAGGAGGACGAGCGCGUCACUGUCUCUUACAGGUCCACUCGGUCAGCGAAACCAGAGGGGCCGGAUGACAUGGGGGCCACUGCUCUCUAUCAGCUGGACACAGAGAGGGACAAAGAUGCUCAGGCCAUUUUUGAGCGCAGCCAGAAGAUGUGUGAGCUCACUGGUAAAGAAGAUGAUAAAAUUUACCGCGGCAUCAACAACUACCACAAAUACAUUAAACCCAAAGACUCCACCAUGGGCAACGCUUCCUCUGGUAUGGUCAGGAAAGGACCAAUAGAGCACCUGAGGGCCACAGUACGGUGGGAUUACCAGCCUGACAUUUGUAAAGACUAUAAAGAGACUGGCUUCUGUGGGUUUGGAGACAGCUGUAAGUUUCUUCACGACCGCUCGGACUAUAAGCACGGCUGGCAGAUUGAGCGAGAGCUCGAAGAAGGACGAUAUGGGGCAAACGAUGAGGAGAACUAUGAAGUGAGCAGCGAUGAGGAAGAUCUUCCUUUCAAGUGUUUCAUUUGUAGAGAUUCGUUUAAAAACCCCAUUAUUACAAAGUGCCGGCACUACUUCUGCGAGGCCUGUGCUCUUCAACACUACCGCAAAUCUAAGCGCUGCUACGUUUGCAACCAGCAGACCAAUGGUGUCUUCAACCCUGCCAAAGAGCUCAUGGCUAAGAUGCAGAAGCAACAGGCAUCUGAUGACCAGCCUCCCUCAGAUGAGGAUGACUAGCGCCAAACAACUUUCCCGUCUGUGUUUUACUUUUGUUAGUCAGAUACUCUCGGAAUUGUACAUUUUCAAAACCUGUGAAAUAAACAUACUUUUGUAGAA